ACAGACGAAAAUCGAGCCGGUGCGGUGUGUCGGUGUUCUCUUUUCUCUUUUGUACCGCAGAAGGAGACAUGCAAACAUGCGUGGAGAAGAGAGACGAACCCACAUCAUCCCUUCCCUGUUAAAUUUUCCGCCAAUCCUGUGGGGCAUCCCAAAUCCUUCUUUCUCGAUAAUCGAACAGUCGCGCAUAAUUCGGCUGUUCUCCUCACGGACAGGAUCAGAGCUCGUCUCGUUGCUUCGUGUCAAUAGAUCGAUUCUCGAGGACCCGCAAUAGACUCGCGAGACAUAUAAGAAAAUAUACAUAUUACUCGUAUAUAUAUAUAUAUUAUAUAUACAUAUAAAUUACGUGUGUAUAUAUAUUAUUCUUAUGUCAGUGAUCGCUCGCGAAGAGUCAUCUUUAAUCAGCUGAUAUCGAUUUAUUGAUCGAGAGAUUGCUUGUGGAGAUGGAGAACAAUCAUAAAUCGAAGGGUGGCCGCAGAGGAAACAAUCGGAGAAGAGGUGGCAGCAACAAAGAGAACAUUAAGCGCGAGAUCGAGAGGAUGAAGUCGAUGAGCGAGGAAUCCAUCGUGUGGUCUUAUCCUACGUCCGACAACGAAAGCAGGACGGAUGUCACCGACCAGGAAUCGUCCCUCGAUUUAGAAAAUUUCGACAAUGGAGGAAAUGAGAAUGAUCCAAAGGCCUCGCUCAUGUGUCCCGCGUUACGCCGACAAUUGCAGACGCACAAAAACGUUCUUCGGCUUCUGCACGAGUACAAAUUAGCAUCAACGCAGAUCAACGGCCAGAGGAUCCUCAGCAUACAGCCGAUUCGAUGGACCGGGCCGACGCCCGGCAUCGAUUGCGAGAUCUUCGUCGGCCGCAUCCCGAAGACGAUCUACGAGGACACCCUGUAUCCGCUGUUCAAGACGAUCGGCGAGGUCUUCCAGAUACGGCUGAUGGUCGACAUGGCCGAGCUCACGAGAGGCUACUGCUUCAUCAUGUACACGAAUCCGGAGGAUGCUGGACGCGCCAUCGUCCAGCUGGAUCAAUUCGAGAUCUCCCCGGGUAAGAAGAUCCGAGUCCUGGCGAGCGUGAACAAGUGCAAGCUCUACAUCGGUCCAUUGCCGUGGCAUAUCAGGUCCGAGGAGGUUGUCAGAGUAAUCUAUGCAUCAGCGUGGGAUAUCGAAUACGUAUCUAUUUAUCGAUUUCCGAAUCAUGACGCGGCUUACGCUAUCGUCUCCUUUAAAUCGCAUCGAAAUGCAGCCUUGGCAAGACGAAAAUUGAGACCCGAAAAGCUUUUCAAAUGCAACGAAGUACACGUAGAAUGGGCGCGUGUCGAUUGGAAUCCUUCUAAUGUGUACGAAGAUCGUGGCACGGUAGACGAUAAGGGCGACGUGAACAUUGUCCGAAAGUAUCUGCAGUCUAAGAAGACGCCUACGUCAUCGUCGGCUCCGACGCAGAAUGAGUCUAAUCAUUGCCAGAAGCAACUUCUUCCGCCCAUUUGCCCGCCGUUGUCACCCGGUAUCAAUCAAGGCAACGAUCAAGGGAACUCUGUCAAAUCCAAUCGGAACCCGAAAAACACUCGUUACGCCACUAUGCUAACCAUGUCGGCGACGCUGGACGACGAGAAGAUAGAGACGCUGACUGAUAUCAAUGACAACAAUGUACGGCUAGACGUCGCCAAGGAUCCGCAGACGCACCAGAAGAGCGAUGUCAGUCAUAUAUCGACGGACAGCUUCCGGAACUUCGACAUGUGGAGCUCCAAUCUGGUCUCCCAGUUGUCCGGUUCGUCCGCGAACUCCGGCAGCUCGAAGGAAUCGUCGAACACGACGUGCGAAUCUGAGAACGACGCGAGAUAUUCCUUGCCGAAGGCAAUGCCGUCUCUCAAUAAGGGUAUCGGCAACCGGCACCCGAACAGUGUUUCGAAUUAUCGCUAUUCUUACCAGAACUAUCGAUCUUUCGGUAAGACGAUCGACCAGAAUCAGCUGAUCAGCGACGCCAUCCAGUACCAAGUACCUUAUCGAAAUCCAGCUCCGUCGUGCUAUCUCGUCCUGCAGCCUCAUCAGAAUUAUCUAUAUCCGAAGGACGCAAUCGUUAAUUAUCCGCAAACCUCAUUCGUUAAUCGUCUUCCCGACGAGCUGACCGGAGUGCCUUUGUUCAUGAAUUCCGAUCGCCGACCGUCCACCUUCUGGCACAACCAGCCGGGAUCGAUCGCGACGGAUAAGGAAAAUUUUAUCGGCGACGGCGAUUUUCGGCGCGAGGGAGUUGUACUGAAGCCGGAAGCCGAGAACAUCGCGUCCGGCUAUAUUCCAAAUUGUUUACCGAACAUCAUGAUGAAUCUUACGCCGAUCUACGCGUCGGAGAACAACGGGACGGCACCGUAUCUUGUCUCGUUCGACGCGAUAAAUGGCAGUGACGAGAAACGUCCUAGACCGAUCUUGAAACAGACGACAGCCGGUCGUGGUUGGUUGUGAUUUGGACUUUUCUUUCCUCUUCUUUUUUUUCGUUUUUUUUUCUUUUGAAAAUCGCUUUACGCAGAUUUUAAAAGACGACGCGACGCUAGAGAUACCAAAGAAGGCGUUUUUACGUUUUAUUUCACGCACUUGACGGGUGAUAAUCAUAUUAGGAUAUUUGUCUUUUUUUUUAUUGAUGCUGCCAAAGAUUUGCAUGUAAGUAGCAUAAGGAUCUUUUACGCGUUGUUUAAGAGCUCGAUCUAGUUUCUUAGUUUAAUAACUCUUUUUAUAUAGAGUUAUAUUAUUUAUUAUUUUAAUGAUCCAAUCUUGUACUAGUAUUUUUUCCUAGUACUUUGAAACCGCGUAUAAAAUCGUUGGUAUAAAUUUAUUUUUUUCUUUUUUUUUUAAUGAUCGAUGCGCAUGAUCUCAUUUGUAAAACGACAGAUUUAUAUCGGAUUAAGUUUCAUAUGCGUUGCUGCGAACGUACUUACUAUAUACUUAUUUGGAGGACGUAAAAUAGGAGCCCCGAUCUCUGAGUACUAUUUCAACAAUCGCAUGGUUUUUUAAGAGACCUCAGAUUUUUUAUCGUUAUAUUUUUAUUUUUUUAUCGUUACGCGCUCGGGGCGAGAAGAAAGUUCUGAAGAACGCGAAUUUAUCAAUAUGAAGAAAUUAUGCAAUAUUAUAUUUGAAAUCGCUCUAUAUAUAUAUUUAUAUAUAUAUAUAUUUUAAUGAUACAAGAAUGCUACAAGACUCAAAAGUAUAAAAAAUGAAGCUAAAAAUAAUGAAAAGUGCAUUACAGCAUUACAACUGAUUACAAAUAGAGGACGGAAAUAGGUAUCAUGUUACAAAAGAAGAUACGAAUCAUGUGUUCCCCCCGAUAUCUUACAUUAAGUUACAAUUAAUAAUCAACAACGCGAUUUCUCGUGCUCCUAUUUUUAACAUUUACGCGAAAAAAAAACGAAAAUUCGUUUUAUUCCUUAUCGCUGUUCCUAAUGACUAUUAUAUUGUAAGGAAUGAGUUUUUAAAGCAAUCACGAUAUAUCAACGCUUCCUGUUCAUGCAAUAUCUACUCUAUCGACGUGAGAUAUCUGUAGUUGUGUGUUACAAUGUAAUUGCGAUGCGUUUACAUGGAGGAUGGAGAAGAAGCCGCUGUCUGUCUCUGCGAUUGACCGCAUUUCGGACAAGCGUCCGGUUUCAAUUUAUUCUGCGAAUAAAAAAAUAUUUUUGAUCCAUCACUUUCAUUAAUUUUUUUGUCAGAUAGAUUGGCAUUUCUUGACACUUACGAUUUUAAAGCCUCGUGGUCGAAGAGAUAAUCGACAAUUGGCACACCGUAGCUUCUUCAGAUCCUUGACUUCGACUCUGCUUAUUAACUAAAAAAAAAAAAAAAAAAAACGACGGAAAAAAUAUAUUCUUUUUUUUUAAGCAAAUUAAAUAAUUCGAAAAUUUGCUUUCAUCGAUCAAUUUGACUACUGAAGAGAGAGUUAUUGUUUCGUUUGCGCACGAUUUCAUAUAUAUAAAUCUGUUCUAGCCAGACAUUUGUAACACGGAGGAAGUUUUUCCGUCCGAAAGGUUUGAAUAAUAAUUUUUAUAAUACACAAA